AUGGAGGGUUUCAAUAUCACACUGAGCCCAAAGAAAUGGCAACCCAUUCUGGUCAAGUCAUUCGACCGACAGGCUACGUCAACUCUUACCACGACUUUGACAAUCUCGGAUCAUGCAACUGCUUUCACUAUCAAGCCAUCCCAUACCGCAGUGGAAGCAGCCACUUUUACGACCACGUCUUCUGGCCAUGCCCUGAUCUAUAUGUGCUAUCCCACUCUUGCUACGGCGGCAGGGACCACGAAAACAAAGUGUAUCAAAGAUACCAAGACAACACUCGGAGUCAUUGAUAUCGGCUCGGUGACCGUGACGCCCAACCCGACUGGCUUUUUCGUUGGCAGCCAAACCCUGACCCCCGAAGGUGUAGUCACGGUCGGUACGCAUACCUUGUCGUUAGGGCCCAGUGGUGGCCUGAUCAUCGAUGGGAGCUCUACUCAUAUCGACUCUCCAACCACGACAACUCACCAUGGCGGAGGAAGCUCGACCCCUAUUACAACCCCAACGAGCAAGCAUACGCUGACAUCUAAACCUCGUACGAGCACGCAUAAGACAAGCACUAGAACCAGUACGAAGCUCACAUCAACUCAUCCGACCACCGGGACCACGAAGACCUCAACUAGGCCACGCAAUACUUCUACCAAGCAUACGAAGACUUCGACCAAGCAUACCACUAGUUCCACUAAGCCUAACACCCCCUCUACCAAGCCUACCCCCAAGCCAUCUCAUACCGAUGAGAUCUUGACGAUUGGAAGUCUCACAGUUACUGCGGACCCUACUGGCUUCCAAAUUGGCUCUACCACUCUCACACCCGGUGGUAUGAUUACGGUUGGUACACAGACCGUCUCCCUUGAAACAGGUGGCGGCGAUGUCAUUAUCGGGGGAACUACCGUCCCUCUCACUGCAACCACGGGUACCUCAUCAACCCAAUCAUGGACCACUCUGUCCGAUGAGUCCACCACUGGACUCUACGGUAUCGUUACCCUACCAGGCUUCGAAACAUUGACAACACCCACAAUCAUCACAACUCAGUACAUCGAGUCAAAGACAAAGACCACUACAGGCCCGAUCUACGUGGGAACGGGUGGUAUCGUGCUCCAGUCAUGGCCUCCAUCUACAGAUAAUGACCACAAUGGUGGGGGCGGAAUCAUCAUCCCCGAUCCCAUUCGGCCGUCAAUCUCGAGCCCAAAGUUGAAGUGUCCUGCUAUUCUCAAGUGGCUUUGUGGAUCUGAUCAUACAAGCACUACGGACAAUGGAUCUGAUGUUGAUCCGGAUGAUAAGCCCAACAGCAAUCCCAAGGACGAUCCGAAUAAAGAUGACAAUCCUACAACGGAUCCAACUUCAACACACACCUCGAAAACCUCGCAGAAACCAACGACGACCACCUCCACUUGCACCAAGACUCAGACCGUGACUGAUUGCAAUAUCAAAUGUAGCCCUACCGUGAUGAGUGGUAAAUCUACCACGACUACCACUUGCUUCACUACUUCAUGCAGUACUGUAGAGGGAUGUUCUAAGACUGGCACGACAUCAACCACUAUCAUCACUUCUCAGCCAUGUGGCACUGGGACUGCUUCUGCUUGCCCAACAUUCACGGAUGGAACUGGAUGGGUUUAUCCUGAUAUCACAAUAGAUACUGCGGCAGUGAACAAGCUGGCGUCGUCUAUCAUGUCCGAUGACGAUUCAAUCCUGGCAGCAUUCUCAUCGGCUUUCUCACAGACUGGAGUGAGUACCACUCCAACAACGCUGGCUACAACCAGCAAGACUCGAAGCAGUGCCAUCACCAGAACUACCAGCCAUACUGCCUCGUCGACCAUCAUGACUACCAAAACCACGAAGACCAGCACCAAGACUGGAUCCAGCACGGCCACAACCACCUCUGCUCUUAGCUGCGUUCACCAAUAUGAUUCCCAGAGUGACCAGGACAACUGCUACUGCGAGGGACACACUGGGCUCUAUAAGACCAUGAGCUCGACUUCUGGAAUGACGAACUACCAACCCUGUGCAUGGACUACCCUGCCACCGCUUUACACAGAUGUCAACGUCGGCCCAAUCACCAGCACACUCUCCGACGGAGACGUCGUCUAUUGCACCUCAGCCCAUUGGGCCGAGAAUGGAGGAAGCAGCAAGUACUGCCUGGGCAGCGUAUCCACCAUCUCGACUGCAUCUCACAAAACAACCACGACGAUCUCCUCAUCAACAACAUCCACCGGCGUCUCCGCAACAGGAACCGGAAGUCCGACGGGAGAAAUGUACAUUGGCAUCGUCACAGAGGGAUACACCUUCACCUGGAAUGUCUACAUCCCGACUGUAGGCACCGUUCCAAACUGGUGCGAUGACUCGAUGGGAUCGAUGUCGGCGAGUGGGGAUACCACUCGAUACUAUUAUCCUCCUGAUAUCAAGUUCCAAGAUCUGGAUGGGAAGGCUAAGGAGUAUCCUUGUGUGUAUACUGGGGACAAGGAUACGGUUGGAAAAUUGGCUUGUGAGGGUAUGGGUGAGGUUCCCUGCACUGGUGAUUUCCCGCAGAGUGAUGAUUCGCCUCUGUGCACGAAUAGUGUUGUAUAUGCGGGGUCGGCUUUCCCUCGGGUGUAUUGCAGGUGGUAUGGAAGUGAUGGUGAUGUCUGA